AAUUGUCAAAUGUCAAAGAAGAAUAAAUAACUCUAUAAACAUUAUUCACAACUACAGCAAUAUUUACGACUAUAAAGUAGUAGAAUUCAUGUGAUUCUAUGCUAAUUAGCCAAAGUUUUCAAGUCAUAUAAUUAGAAUAAAUUUUCUUAAUUAAGCAAUUAAAAGUCGUAAAGAUAGACUCAGUGUGGGGUUGGGCGUCGCCGCCCUUACGCCUUCAAUUGGCAUCUCACAUUAGGGCAACCUGCAGAAUGGGUGAGAUGUCGGUCGGCGAACGUCCACCUUCACCAGCGAGAUUGUCACAUACUUCCGAUAAACACCCCAAAAGCACACUAACCGAACUCAAUCUACUAAGGAGACACCGCGAGUUAUGCGAUGUCGUGUUAAAUGUGGGAAAUAGGAAAAUUUUCGCUCACCGGGUGAUACUGAGCGCUUGCAGUCCGUAUUUUAGGGCGAUGUUCACGGGUGAACUGGCGGAAUCCCGUCAGACUGAAGUAACAAUACGUGAUAUAGACGAAGUAGCUAUGGAUUUACUAAUAGACUUUUGCUAUACCUCUCAUAUUGUCGUCGAAGAGUCUAACGUCCAAACACUUCUACCGGCAGCUUGCCUGUUGCAAUUGACCGAAAUACAAGACAUCUGCUGUGAGUUUUUGAAACGACAGUUGGAUCCGUCGAAUUGUUUAGGCAUCAGGGCGUUUGCGGAUACGCACUCGUGCAGGGAGUUGCUUAGAAUCGCCGACAAAUUCACACAGCAUAACUUCCAAGAGGUUAUGGAGAGUGAGGAGUUUCUAUUGCUUCCCGUUAGUCAAUUAGUCGAUAUAAUAUCGAGCGACGAGUUAAACGUUCGAAGUGAAGAGCAGGUGUUUAACGCAGUAAUGUCGUGGGUCAAGUAUAACGUGUCCGAAAGGCGGCAGCACCUUCCACAAGUAUUACAGCACGUCAGGCUACCAUUACUCAGUCCUAAAUUCUUAGUAGGUACUGUUGGGUCGGAUUUGUUGGUGCGGUCCGAUGAAUCUUGCAGGGAUUUAGUGGAUGAAGCGAAAAAUUACCUGCUGCUACCUCAAGAGAGGCCCCUGAUGCAGGGACCCCGAACGAGGCCCCGUAAGCCAACUCGAAGGGGCGAGGUUCUGUUUGCUGUCGGCGGUUGGUGUAGUGGGGAUGCGAUAGCUUCAGUGGAAAAGUUUGAUCCGCAAACUAUGGAGUGGAAGAUGGUUGCUCCUAUGAGUAAACGGCGGUGUGGUGUCGGGGUUGCUGUGCUCAAUGAUCUUCUGUAUGCAGUUGGGGGGCACGACGGUCAAAGUUACUUGAACAGUAUAGAAAGAUACGAUCCGCAAACAGAUCAAUGGUCAUGUGAUGUUGCCCCAACUACCUCAUGUCGUACAAGUGUAGGUGUGGCAGUACUUGACAAUAUGCUGUAUGCUGUUGGAGGUCAGGAUGGAGUACAAUGCUUAAAUCAUGUUGAAAGGUAUGAUCCAAAAGAAAACAAGUGGAGUAAGGUAGCUCCUAUGACAACCCGUCGACUAGGAGUGGCGGUUGCAGUACUAGGGGGCUACCUGUACGCCAUAGGAGGCUCAGAUGGCCAGGCCCCACUAAACACAGUGGAACGUUACGAUCCUCGCCACAACAAAUGGGCGCCCGUUAGUCCGAUGUCCACCAGAAGAAAACACCUGGGCUGUGCUGUAUUUAACAACCUUAUAUACGCCGUGGGCGGACGAGAUGACUGUAUGGAGCUGUCAAGCGCGGAACGUUACAACCCGCACACAAAUACAUGGAGUCCAAUCGUUGCCAUGACCUCUAGGCGAAGUGGGGUUGGACUUGCGGUGGUUAACGGGCAGCUCUACGCUGUGGGCGGUUUCGACGGUACAGCGUACUUAAAAACAAUCGAAGUGUACGACACUGAACAAAAUCAGUGGCGUUUGUGUGGUGCUAUGAACUACAGGCGACUAGGUGGAGGUGUGGGAGUGAUGAGGGCGCCGCAGACUGAAAAUCGUAUUUGGUAAAAAUGGUAACACUUAGUCAGCUUCAAUUCUAUUGAUAAUGUGAUUAUUCUCGUUAAUGAUUAAUUUAUUUUAUAUGUACUUGGAGAAUUUUACUGCCGAAUCAAAGAAGAUAGUUAUUUUAGUUUUAAGUGUAAAUUGCAUUUUUUUUAUUCCAUUGUGGUACUCUGUAUGUGACUAGCAUAUUAUUAUUGUUAUUAAUGUCUAUUAGAAUAAAACCCAUUAAAUUGGU